UGAUAGCCUUUCAUUGACUACAUCGCUACUGUCUACAAUCAUCUCAAUCACAUCAAUCAACCAUCCACUCUCCUCUCAAACCCCCAUCCAAAAGCAACAGCAAACAUGCGUGCCUCCACUAUCAUCGCUACCCUCUUCGCCACCCUCGUCGCGGCCUCACCCCUCGAAACUCGCCAGGAUAAGAUCUGCCAGCUGGCUUGUCUCCCAGCCACGGGCACUUGCACCACCCCCGGAUACACCCUUGAGAAGCAGAGCGACAUCUGCUACAUUUGCUGCAAAGAGCUCUAGUCUUUCUGUACAGACUAUGUAAUAGGGAGAUCGACAUCUCAGAGAGACUAAGAACAUCGAAAGAUGAUU